AGUCUCUAUUGCAUUUCUGUGGCAACGCAGUUGGCUGCUGGUCUGGCUUAUUUAGAGUCAUGCAAUUUCGUUCACAGAGAUAUUGCGGCCCGAAAUUGCUUAGUAGAUGAGGAGGGGAAUGUGAAAAUUGCUGAUUUUGGAAUGGCACGAAGUCUAUACUCAAAUGAUUACUAUCGAGUCGAAGGGCAAUUCGUUCUGCCAAUUCGAUGGAUGGCAUGGGAGAGUCUGCUUCUGGGCAAAUUCUCAACCCAUAGCGACGUUUGGGCGUUUGGCGUGACUUUGUGGGAGAUUUUCAAUCGAUGUCGUGAGAAGCCGUUCGCUUCGUUGACGGACAAUCAAGUUCUGGAAAAUAUCCAACACAUGACCACCACCUCCACGUUGAAGUAUCAACUGGAACGACCAGCAUUGUGUCCAGAAAAGGUGUUCGCAAAUGUGAUCGUUCCUUGCUGGCUGUACGAUCCACAAGCGCGGCCGUCGUUCGAGGCUUUGCAUCUGCAGCUUCAAAUGCUCAUUCAUACCAGAAUGUCGUGA